GCCAUGCGAACCCUGCUGGCCAAACUGCCAAGACCCUGGAUCGUCGACGAAAAGAAAGAUGACGGGUACACCGCGCUUCACCUUGCUGCCCUCAACAACCACGUGGAAGUCGCCGAGCUGCUCAUACAUCAGGGUCGUGCCAACAUGGACCUGCAGAACGUGAACCUGCAGACGCCGCUGCACCUCGCAGUUGAAAGGCAGCAUGCUCAAAUAGUCAGGCACCUGGUACGCGAGGGAUGCAACCUGAACAUCCCGGAUAAGGACGGGGACACACCACUGCACGAGGCGCUACGUCACCACACGCUGUCGCAGCUGAGGCACCUGCAAGACAUGCAAGAUGUCACCAAGGCUGGGGGAGGACGCUUGAGCACAGCAACAGGCUCCACCUCCACUGCUGGAAACCUGGAGCUUCUAAUGGGCUUGGGCAGCCAGGGUGCGGACAAGAAGUCCAGCGCCUCCAUUGCGUGCUUCCUGGUGUCCAAUGGGGCCGAGCUCUACAUCAAAAACAAGAAGGGACAGGCACCCUUAGACCUGUGCCCCGACCCAAAUCUUUGCAAUGCACUCGUCAAGUGUCGCAAGGACAAGUCCGGGUCGCAGAUGCUGACGCCAUCGACGAGCCCUCAACCGAGCGAGCAGGAGGCCCUUGAGGACUGCAUCGUCUGCUCGGACAUGAAGCGCGACACCCUGUUCGACCCGUGCGGCCAUAUUGCCACUUGCGCCCUGUGUGCGCCGCGCGUCAAGAAGUGCCUGCUUUGCAAGGAGCCUGUGCUUGCACGCACAAAGGUAGAGGAAUGCGUCGUCUGCUCAGACAAGAAGGCAUCAGUACUCUUCAAGCCUUGUGGUCACAUGUGUGCCUGUGAAGGUUGUGCUGCCCUGAUGAAGAAAUGUGUCCAGUGUCGGGCGCAGAUUGACAAGGUGGUUCCUUUCAUCGUCUGCUGCGGAGGCACGGCUACCAAGCUGCUCGACUUCGGUGCACAGGAGGCUUUCGGCGGUCAAGACUUCGCGGUGGCAUCAAAAAGCUUUGGUGCUGAGGACACCGAGACAAAGAAGAAAGUGGUGAACCUGCGUGGCCCCAUGACCAAGUCUGACAUCCCACUCAACAUCUCGAAGUUUCCCGUUGACAAGAAUGACAACUCGCACUCUGCUUCUAUUCGUCCUGGUGGGCCUGGGCCGCUGAUGAACAACGGCGCACACGACAACACGGUCCAUGACUAUCAGAAGUUGCAGCAGCAGCUGCAGGACAUUAAAGAACAGACCAUGUGCCCAGUCUGCCUGGAUCGACUCAAAAACAUGAUCUUCCUGUGCGGUCACGGGACUUGCCAGAUGUGCGGUGACCGGAUGUCCGAGUGCCCCAUCUGCCGCAAGGCAGUUGAGAAGCGCAUCCUGCUCUAUUGACAUUUCCCAGGCACAGUAGAACACGCGUCUCAGAGUUGCUGGUACGAUCUGCGUCAUCUUAGUCACAACCGUGUAGCUAGUUGCACCCUUUUUUUUUGGGUGGAGACAACACUUUGGCAUCAUCGAGACUUAGCGCUUGUAUUGAUGCCGUGGCUUCUUUUUUCCCUGUUUGUCCUUUUUUUUUAUAUACUAACAUAUAUGCAUGCCCGUAUUUCCGUAAUUUUCAUUCCUUUUACCUUUUGGGACGCUAUUUUGCUUAAGCGUAUCACUUUCGUUAUAGUCAGCUGUGUCUCUUUUUGUUGCAUUUAGUCUUCAAUUAUGCCAGCCACCCUAUUGCGUUUGAUUGAAUUAUCAGUUUUCAGUUAUUUGUCAAGGCCAGUUUGUUGCCAAACGUCAUUGAUUAAAUUCCACAGAAGGUGUUGUCUCUGAAAAACUAUAAUGUCAUCUCCGAAAUUUACGUAAAACUUCAUUUGAAAAUAAGAAAUCAUCUUUGCUAUCAAAAUAAUCAGACGAGAAACAAGGGCCAGAUGGGCAAAAUGACUUGCUUGUAGCAGUUACGCACAUUGCUCCCGCAGUUGGUGGGCUCAUCAAGCUCUAUUGCUUUUUUUAGUUGCUGUCAAAAUUUUCCUACUACUUGCUGUUCAAUGACAUAGCCAAUUAUGUGUACUCGCAAAGAUUUUCUUUUCGAGACCUUCUGUGCAACUUCUUUACUGGGUACUAUAUAGCACUAAAGGAAAAUGCUCACGAGAGUGUUUGUUUUCUGGCUUCUUUUUUUCUUUCUCGUCAUGUUGUGUUUAUGUUCUUGAUUUUUUUUUGUUUUUUUGCAAGAUUUCUUAAAACGUUACUCACGCACUUUCGAAAGCCACGUAAAGGCUAGUCCACCAUAUAACUUAGGCCGCCACACAGAUUGAUUCUUCGAGCAAAACGCCAGGCAAGUCGAGAGCGUGUGCAGGCUCCACGAAUGGUUUUCCGAAUUGCCCCUCACCCUUGCUCCAGCACUUGUUAACUAGAUUGUCAUAAUUAUUGCUUCCCGCAUAGCUCACUCACAUACUGCGCUCAUUGAGUGGCUAGAAACUUUGUUAGAACAAAGGCAGACUGACUGUGCUAAGGAUUCCUGUGACUCUGUUGCUGUCAGUGUAAUGCCAUUGUCCCUCGUCAUUGUCCAGGUAGUAGUUUUGUUUGAAGGUGCAUUGAACUUGUUAUACCCCCUGCAAAGCAGUUUACGAUGAAUACCAAUGUGCACACCUGCAUUUAAUGUUCAUCUGCUCUGUGAAAGUCCUUUCCUUCUAGCUAACAGUAACUAUUGUAAGAGACCAUGGGAAUUAGUAGACUGUGGUGCUAGGUCCUCCUAAUUGUGUUACAAGCAACUGUACAUCCAGAACGGUUUAUUGCUUGUCAGAUUGAAAACUUGCAUGCUGGUACCCUUACUGCUUGUGUGCUUUGUAAAUUAUUGAUGAUAGUUUUUACUAGCAGGUCCGGCUCACAGACAAAGAGCAUGUACCAUCUGGCCUUGAGGAUUGGCUGCCAAUAACUGCCACUAAACUACUACACAUCGCGGCAAGAUCUUGAGCCAGUUCACAUUACAAUAACUUUUGCUUGAGAACAUUUGAAACAUAUUGUAAUCACUGCUCCAGUGUGAUAGUGUCAUUGAAUGUCCAUGUAACGAGAAGCUGCGUGGCAUUAUUUCAGUCAAGUCACAAUGUUCUACCAUAGGCUACAUGUAGUACUGUAUACUGUUGUGAUAACUGAUCCUUUAAGGCGCUGUAGCUCUUGAAAAAUAUUCCUUGAUCUUACGACUGAUUGUUUGUUGGUUGCGUGUGCUGUGACAUGAAAUCUGAAUGACUGCACUGUUAAUAUUUUGCUGGAUUGACACGUAUACCGUUGUCACCAGGCAGAAACGUGGUGGGUGCGACGCAGGCUGUUGUGUGACUUGUUGGCUUAGCAUUUGUAUUGUGUGCGCAUUUAGUUCUGUCAACAGCUGCUGUCCUUACAUAGGGCUUAGCCUUUUAUUGCAUGUUAACUCGACGCUGGGCUAAAUGGGAUGAAAUAUUGUGCGCCGUUGCAUCGGCACGAAAGCUGUUGACGGCUGGUGCUCUUUGCAGUCUUGUUUCAGUGAACGGCUAAGCUAAGCCAAGCCCGUCUAUGCAGGACAUUUGUCAGCCCUGAAUUCAUCAUUGCCAUGAUUAAGAGUACCACUGGGUGUUUGGAAUUUUUAUCUAGAAGGCAGACAAAUGAUCCAACCGAGAGAAAGGGGGUGAUGGAUGACAGACUGGAAUUGAUGAACAGUGAACAAAAGAGGCUGAGGCAUCACUUACUCAGUGCUGAUCAAUUCACUAGCAGAUGGACUUACAAGCAGAUAUCUACCUAAUUUUCCCGACUAUAAUCUGCACCUAGUGACGGUCUGCAGGGUCAAAUUUGUGCUUAAGAUAGAAAGUUAUUCCUUAGUCUGCUCCCACUGUAACCUCUGCAGAGACAGUUUUCGGCCAAAAAUAAGUUUUUCUCCUUUUUUUUUUCUAGUUGUCUGCAACCAGUAUAUAGUCAGUCUUGCUAUUAUACAGUUGAUUUUGUUAUGUAAUUCAGCACAGUGAAAGAUUACAGGAGCAGUGGUGCACUCAGGUGGUGUUUGUGUGAAACUCUGGUUAUUCGCUAAUCAAGCAGCUCAGCUUCUAGCCGCUUACACAGUCUAGCCCAGCUGGAGUACUAGCCACAUGGCCACUUUGUGAUUGUAACUUAUUUAGCUGUCUUGCUGCCAUCAAUCUUGCAAUCCCGCCUUUGAGCAUAAAACAGACGCCAUAAGUGCAUUUGAAGUAUUUUGAAGCAGUGAAGGGGUGCACUCUUGAUGGUGAGGGCUUUAGAGUUAUUCGGAACUAAUUGAUGAAGAUGAACAUAUCUGGGGCACUAAACAUUUGUGAAUUAACUUCAAAGAAAAAGCAAAGUGCUCCUUCGCUCAUUAUGUUUGCACUAACCGUACCAUCAGUGGACCGUUGAGUGUACCGUAUAUACCACCAUUGUUUUGUGCCUUAAGUCUGUUGAGUGGAAGAGCAACGAUGUGCUUUCUAGCGUGUGGGAAGAACUGGUUGACAAAGUGUGCUUGGUAACAUGAAUGAAGGCUUGAUCAACUAACAGUAGUUUGGGGCUUCUAUGGCUGCACUCUUCACGUCUGGCUGCCAUGGCUGAUUCAAGUGCGACAUCGUGUGUUUAUCACCGGAAAGUUUGCAAGAAGUAAAUGCCAACGUUUUGAUAAUGCCCUUCAUCCUGUGCUUUCGCAUUUUGCUUCUCCUGUUUACUGGGAGCGCAAAUGUCGUCAUCUUUAUUCAGGACUUUUGCAUGUCUACUUUAUUUAGUUUUGCCCAAAGUAGCUCAGUUCAGCCUUGGUAUUACGUUUAUCGAGAUCCAAGUUACUGCACUGCCUUGUAGCGCCACUUUCUCGUCUUAUUUAUAUUGUGUUGUUUGUAGUGCAUAAUAAAAAAUGGUGCAAACCGA